AUGGUCAACUGGGAUUUGGGUUGCCUUAUCUGCCUGGUGGUGGUCACCAUGGCUGGACUUUGCCUGGCUCGACCUUCGUUUAAUUUAGUUGUUGAAGACACCACGCUGGAGCCUGAAGAGCCACCAACCAAAUACCAAAUCUCUCAGCCCGAUGUCUAUUCAGCACUGCCCGGAGAGCCGCUUGAGUUGCGCUGUCAGUUGAGAGACGCCGUCAUGAUCAGUUGGACUAAGGAUGGGCUCCCUUUGGGGCCCGACAAUAGGACAGUCAUUAUUGGGGAGUACUUGCAAAUUAAGGAUGCUACAGCCAGAGAUUCAGGCCUCUAUGCUUGCACUGCUCUUAGGAGCCUAGACAGUGAUACUCUGUACUUCAUUGUAAAUGUUACAGAUGCCCUUUCUUCUGGGGAUGAUGAAGAUGACAAUGAUGGGUCUGAGGACUUUGUGAACGACAGCAACCAGAUGAGGGCACCAUACUGGACACACACAGACAAAAUGGAGAAGAGGCUCCACGCAGUGCCUGCAGCGAACACCGUCAAGUUUCGCUGCCCUGCGAUGGGGAACCCAACACCGACCAUGAGGUGGCUGAAAAACGGGAAGGAGUUCAAGCAGGAGCAUCGUAUUGGUGGAUAUAAGGUGCGCAACCAGCACUGGAGUCUCAUCAUGGAGAGCGUGGUCCCGUCCGACAAGGGGAAUUACACCUGCAUCGUGGAGAACCAGUAUGGCUCCAUCAACCACACCUACCACCUGGAUGUUGUUGAGCGAUCACCACACAGGCCCAUCCUCCAAGCUGGCCUGCCAGCAAACGCCUCUGCAGUCGUGGGAGGGGAUGUGGAGUUUGUCUGCAAAGUCUACAGUGAUGCUCAGCCUCACAUUCAGUGGAUCAAACACGUAGAGAAGAAUGGCAGCAAAUAUGGACCAGAUGGGAGGCCCUAUCUGCAAGUUUUAAAGGCUGCCGGUGUUAACACCACGGACAAAGAAAUUGAGGUUCUCUAUAUACGGAAUGUAACUUUUGAGGAUGCUGGGGAGUAUACAUGCUUGGCGGGUAAUUCUAUUGGGAUAUCCUUUCACACUGCAUGGUUGACAGUUCUGCCAGCUCCUGAGAAAGAGAAAGAAUACCCAACCUCUCCAGACUACGUGGAGAUAGCCAUUUACUGCAUAGGGGUCUUCCUGAUCACCUGCAUGGUGCUGACGGUCAUCAUGUGCCGCAUGAGGAACACCACCAAGAAGCCUGAUUUCAGCAGCCAGCCUGCGGUCCACAAGCUGACAAAGCGAAUCCCCCUGCGCAGACAGGUGUCUGCUGACUCGAGCUCCUCCAUGAACUCCAACACUCCUCUGGUGAGGAUCACCACUCGCCUCUCCUCUGCUGCUGAUGCCCCUAUGCUGGCAGGAGUCUCGGAGUAUGAGUUGCCAGAAGACCCAAAAUGGGAGUUUCCAAGAGAUAAGCUGACACUGGGUAAGCCCCUGGGAGAAGGUUGCUUUGGGCAAGUUGUCAUGGCUGAAGCCGUGGGGAUUGACAAGGACAGGCCAAAAGAAGCAGUGACUGUGGCAGUGAAGAUGUUGAAAGAUGAUGCUACAGAAAAGGACCUCUCUGACCUGGUGUCAGAGAUGGAGAUGAUGAAGAUGAUUGGGAAGCAUAAAAACAUCAUCAAUCUUCUUGGAGCCUGUACCCAGGAUGGUCCCUUGUACGUGAUAGUGGAGUAUGCCUCCAAAGGAAACCUGCGGGAGUACCUACGAGCACGCCGGCCCCCUGGAAUGGAGUACUCCUUUGAUAUCAACAGGGUACCAGAAGAGCAGAUGACAUUCAAGGAGUUAGUGUCCUGCACAUACCAGUUGGCAAGAGGCAUGGAGUACCUGGCUUCACAAAAAUGUAUCCAUCGAGACUUGGCUGCGAGAAACGUGUUGGUGACUGAGAAUAAUGUCAUGAAAAUAGCAGACUUUGGUUUAGCCAGAGACAUCAACAAUAUAGAUUACUACAAAAAGACUACUAAUGGACGACUUCCAGUUAAGUGGAUGGCUCCAGAAGCUCUGUUUGACAGAGUUUACACACAUCAAAGUGAUGUUUGGUCCUUUGGUGUGUUAAUGUGGGAGAUCUUCACCUUAGGAGGAUCGCCCUAUCCAGGAAUCCCAGUGGAGGAACUUUUUAAGCUGCUUAAAGAAGGGCACCGAAUGGAUAAACCUGCCAACUGCACCAAUGAGCUCUAUAUGAUGAUGAGGGACUGCUGGCAUGCUGUGCCUUCACAGAGACCGACUUUCAAACAGUUGGUAGAAGACUUGGAUCGGAUCCUCACUCUCACAACUAAUGAGGAGUAUCUGGACCUCAGUGGACCCCUGGAGCAGUAUUCCCCGAGCUACCCUGACACGAGGAGCUCAUGCUCGUCAGGUGAUGACUCUGUUUUCUCUCCCGAUCCAAUGCCUUAUGAACCUUGCCUUCCCAAGUACCAACACAUGAACGGAAGUGUGAAAACAUGA